CCGCCCACUGCCCACAUGAACGCGGCGUGCGCGCUCGUGCUCACGCGGCCACACACCCUCUCUAUAUAUCGCACGUCGCCGCACCUCCCCUCCACCAUCAAGCGGCGCAAAAUUCCACUCCAUCACUAGCUCUCACGCGCACUUCGCCGCCUUCACACACAGAGAGCAUCAUCAGCUUGGGCAAGCUCCGUCCGCCAUGGAUCCGAGGGCCUUGGUCCUGGUGCUCGUGGCUACGGCGGCGAUGUCGGCGGCGGUAGUGGGCGGGGACUUCGCGGCGGACCGGGCGGAGUGCUCGGACAAGCUGGUGGGUCUGGCGACGUGCCUGACGUACGUGCAGGACGAGGCGUCGGCGCCGACGCCGGACUGCUGCGCGGGGCUCAAGACGGUGCUGCAGACCAGCCGCAAGUGCCUCUGCGUGCUCGUCAAGGACAAGGACGACCCCAACCUGGGGCUCAAGCUCAACGUCACCAAGGCGCUGGGGCUCCCCGCCGUCUGCAAGGCCUCCGCCAACAUCUCCGACUGCCCCAGGCUGCUGAACCUGGCGCCCAACUCCAAGGAGGCCCAGGUGUUCGAGCAGUACGCCAAGCAGGCGGCGGCGCAGGGCACCGCCCCCAGCGGCACCGGUGGCGGAAGCAGCGCGGCGACCGCGGGCGCGCAGAAGAGCGGAGCCGCUGCCGGCGGCGGGCCCGCGGGGCGGUGGUUGGGAGUGGGGAAGGUCGGUGAAGGCGGCGCACGCGCGGUGGUGCUCAUCCCCCUUCUCGCCGCGGCCGCUCCACUCGCCGUGCCUCUCCUGAUCCUGCUGGGAUAGACGAGAUGGUGGCGGAUCGGAGGUGGUGGUUGCGGCUUGCGUGCGUGCGUGGCUGUGCUGUGGCUGUUUCUUGUGGAAAGGAAGUGAGGUCCAAUGAGUAGUAGCUGCAAAGUACCGUUGCCAGUUAAUUAUCGUUUGUUUAAACGAGAACCGUUGGCGGUUACUAUCUCCCAUUAGCAUCAGCUAUGGACAAAAACUCGUCGAUUCCCAUUGCUUUUGGGAACUGGUUUGCCUCCUUCGACGGGGAGAAAAAUCGUGUUGCUACGCGGUCUUGUUUCAAAAGCA